GGAAGUGACGCCACGGUCGGCGGAAACGCAGUUUCCUUAGUUACGCGAAAAAAUGGCAGCGGCGAGUUUGGGCCGCCUUUGCAGGAGAUUCUCGGCUGCUUUAAAUUCUUUCAGGUGCUCAGUGAUUCCUGAGGCCGCUGCUAGCCCAGGUUGCAGGUUUUCACUUAGUUUGUUGCCUAGAAAUACACAAAAUGCCACAUCCUUUACCCAGUGUAGAUCACUUCAUACCACAUUGUCAAGGAAAGGACUGGAAGAAUUUUUUGAUGACCCAAAGAACUGGGGGGAAGAAAAAGUGAAAUCUGGUGCUUCAUGGACUUGUCAGCAGUUAAGGAACAAAAGCAAUGAAGAUUUACAUAAACUUUGGUAUGUCCUCCUGAAAGAAAGAAACAUGCUGCUGACUCUAGAGCAGGAGGCCAAGCGGCAGAGAUUGCCAAUGCCGAGUCCCGAGCGGUUAGAAAAGGUCGCGGAGUCCAUGGAUGCCUUAGACAAAGUAGUCCAGGAAAGAGAAGAUGCCCUAAGGCUUCUUCAGACUGGCCAAGAGAAAGCUCGACCUGGUGCCUGGAGAAGAGACAUCUUCGGAAGAAUCAUCUGGCACAAGUUCAAGCAGUGGCCUAUACCAUGGUACCUAAACAAAAGAUACAAUAGGAAACGCUUCUUUGCAAUGCCUUAUGUGGACCGUUUUGUCAGAUUGAGACUUGAGAAACAAAUUCGCAUCACAGUAAGGAAGAAAAAUUUAGAGAAAAAGAAUGUAAAAUUUCUUCAGAAAAAGUUCCCACACUCUGAAGUCCAGAAGUCAAGUCUUGUCCAAGAUGUGAACUCCUGAUUUGCCAUUUUAUUUUUCUUGCGUUAACAGUGUAUAAAGAAUUAAAACUAUGUUUAAGUUCAUAAAUAAACUGUUUUCAGUCAAGUAAAUAUGACAAACUAAUACUGGAAGUGGUCAUGCUGCUAUGUAAUUUUUAAAAAGCAAUUAUACUGGGCCAGCAUUUUGGCACAGAGGAGUAAGCUGCCUCCUGCAAGGCUGGCAUCCCCUGAUGAGCACCAGUUUGAGUUGUAGCUGCUGCACUUCCCAUCCAGCUCCCUGCUAAUGCUCCUGGGACAGCAGUGGGAGAUGGCCCAAUUCCUUGGGCCCCUGCACCCAUGUUGGAGAUCCAGGUCAGAGUUAUAGGCUCCUGGCUUCAGCCUGGCCCAACCCUGGUCAUUGCUGUCAUUUGGAAACUGAACCAGCAGACAAAAGAUCUCUGUAACUCUUUCAAAUAAAAAUAAAUCUCUAAAAAACAAAAAAUCAGGUAUAAAGUCCAGGGUCAGUUUCCUUUUUAUAAAUCUGAUAUCACCUGCUACCUUAAGACUGGAAAUGAUGUUAACUGCCAUAGCAAAGACAACAGGGUAGUGUUUGAAAUUCAGGGACAUUUUUUAAAGCUACUGUUAACAGAAUAUGAAGCAAAAGUGGGUAUUACUGUCAAAACAGGAAGAACUUUCACUCAAAAUAAUGAUACUCAAAGUAACAAGUUACAGGGGCAGGUAUUUGGUACAGCAGUUAAGAUACUACUUGGGACACCACCAUCCCCCGUCAGUGUUCCUGGGUACAAAGGCCUCACUCCACUUUCCUUUCCAGCUUCCUACUGUACCCUAGGGUACACAUGUACUUGGGUCUCUGCCACUCAUGUGGGAGACCUGGAUCUCAAUACAAGCUGCUGACUGAAGCAUGGCCCAGUCCUUUAUUUGGGGAAUAAAUCAGCAGAUGGGAGAUAUUUCUGUCUCUCAAGUAAAAUGAAGUUUAAAAAAUUUUAAAAAGUAGCAAGUCACAAUGCAUAAUAGUACAAAAAAAAUUCUGGAAUGGCUAGUAAUUUUUAUUGAAUUUUGUAAGCCUAAGGUAAAAAGCAUAGGCAGUAACUUUUACUAGUCAAUAAAAAGCAAUUCUACCAAUCCACUGGUAAUUAAUAUACUAAACAGUUGAAAAGCAUUUUACUAAAAGCAAAAUAUUUAGAGAAAAUAGACAUUUAUACAAAAUUAUAAAAUGCUUGUAAUAAGAAUAAGUGCAUUUCAAGGAAAGCACAAACUCAUUUAAUUUAUAGAGCCAGUUAAAGCCUUAAAAAAUUUAAGUGGAAAUUGAAAUAUGCAAAAAUGUAUAAACAUUCUACAAAAGAUGGUCAUUCUUUUCCUGAGUAGACUAAAGCUAUGAAACGUAAGGUGACACCGGAAGGUAAAGGUUUGGGACUCUUUCAAGGGCAUUUCCUUUCUACACACUGCUUCCCUCCUUCUUCAUAUUCUUGCUUGGAAAUCCACAUCUGUUGAAAGGUGCCC